UAAUAAAGCUAGUGUUAAAACACAUAUGUCUCGAAUUUAUACAUUGUCAGAUAUAGGUAAAGGCAGUAAAUUAGGUGACAUACCAUCUAGUCGAAUGGAACUUGAAAAUCAGCUUGCUUAUAAAGACAAUAAGUGUAUACAACAUGAUCUAAAACAAUCUAAUAAUGAUAAAGAGAAACUCUCCAAGCAUACCUACCAGCUUAUAAAUAAGGUUAAGCAAAUGAGCUCAGAGUUAGAUACUUUAAUAUCUCAAAUUAACCAAUUACAGAUUUCCAAUACUAAAUAUGGAGCCAAGAAUAUUAUUCGAUUGAAAAAAAUAAAAUUACUCCAGUUAAUGAACAAAAUAUUAAAUAGUAAGUUAGCAUCAGCUCAGAAGGAUGCAUUCUUAACUCAGAAAAAGAUAAUAAAAAAAGAAUCUGAGAUUAUAUCUCUCAAGUCUGAAUUAACGAAUAUAAAAAAUAAACUAAUGAAUACAAUAGAUGAAUUAGCUUCAAAAAUUAAAAAAAUUAAGUAUUUAGAUGCUUUACGCUCUGUUUUACAGAAAACAAAGGAUAUAUUAGAUUCUGUAGAGUUGAAAACUCAUUGCUCUGCAAUAGUUAUGAGAGGUAAUGAAAAAAAUAUACAAAGUGAGGAACAAAGUUUCAUAUCGAAUUCUAGAGAUACAUCUGAAUCUAGACCCAAAGGGUUAUUGCUUUGCAGGCCCUUUAAGGGUGACUCUUUGAGUUAUAAAAGUCUUGCAAAAUAUUUUAAAAAUAAAACAUUACCAAUUAUUACAAAUAAUCAGAAUUUAGAGUUAUUGAUUCAAGAUAUUACAAAUAAGCAAAAUCCAGAGUCAUUGAUUCAAGAUAUUACAAAUAAGCAGAAUCCAGAGUCAUUAAUUCAAGAUAUUACAAUAAAAGAGACAAUAUGCGCUGACAAGGCUUUAGUUAAUGAUAAGUAUCAGAUUUCUUCUUUUAUUAAAAUUGUCAUUAUUAGUGAGGGCACUAAUGUGCCUAAACCGACUAUAAAUGAACAAAGUAAAGUGAAUUAUCGGAAGAAAGAAAAUUUUUAUCCAGUAUAUAGAAAACAGAAUAAGGCUACAAAGCAUGCUUCAUCACGCUGUAUUGGGCAUCCAGCAAUGUUAUGGCUAUUCACUAAGCUAGUUACAGGAAAAAGUGGCACAGGUAAGACUAAUAUACUCAGAAAUCUUGUUCUUGAUGACAAAGCUGAAUAUAUAUAUAAAAAGAAAAAGUGUGGAUCUAGAUAUAUAUGGUAUAAUGAUUUGAUAGCUUUCGUUAAAUAUAUAUAUGGAAUAAUUGCAAGUAAUUCAAGAGCAUCAUAUUAUGAAAAUAUUAAGUUUAGUUAUAUCUCACCUGAAAAAAUUCCUAGUGUAAAAUCUUUCUUCCCUGAAAGAAGUACUGUUAUUAUCUUUGAAGAUUUAUAUGUUGUCCCUAAGUCUAUACAAAAUCGAAUUAUCUCAUUUUUCACACAUGGAUGUUAUCAAAAUAUUUCACCUAUGUUUACUAUGCAAAAAUACCAUCAUGUUCCAAUGAUCAUACAUGAGAAUUUUUCUUAUAUAUUAAUGUUUAACAGUGGUAGUUCUCCUCAAGAUGUUUCUAAAAUUGUUGGUCAGUAUACUGAUGAUAUAAAAAGUGCAUCAAUGGUCAUUAAUAGCUAUCUUCGCAAGAGUGAGUUUAUUGUAUUUGACCUUAAUAGAGCAGAGAAUGAUCCACUUGCAAUCUGGUUGAGGUUCGAUACCCCAUUAGAUUUGCAGAAAGAAAUAAAGUUACAUCAGAAGCAUAAGACAAAAAAUGUAUUACCUACAGAGCCUAUGAAUUCUGAAUCUGAAAAAUCAGCCAUGUAA